AUGAUUUCAUUAAGAGGAUUCUAUAUUUUACUAAGUAUUCCAAUUAAAUUAUUAUUAGUAUUAAUAAAAUAUCCAUUUUUUGGAGGAUUAAAUGAAAAAUUUAAAAAUGAUUUAAAAAAUUCAUUAAAAUUACAAUUAUUUAGAUCUGCUAUAAGUAUACCAGUAAAAGAUGCAAUAUAUAUUAAUAUAUUAAAUAAUUAUUCAUUAAUUAAUAAAUUAUUAAAAUUCUUGUAUCCAAAUUUAACAAAAUUAAAUAAAUAUGGUACUAGGUAUGAUAAACAAAGUAUUUGGUUAGUUGAAGCUCCAAAUAGAUCCAAAAAAGAUCCAAUUAUAAUUUAUUUACAUGGUGGUGGUUAUUAUAUUGAAACUCAACCAUCUCAAUUAGAAUCUUUAUUAAGUAUUUAUUAUUUAUUAGAUAAAGAAAAUCAAUCAAAUUUAUCAAUUUUACAUUUAGAUUAUAAAUUAGCAAGUAAUGGUCAUAUUUUAACAACUCAAUUAUAUCAAUUAGCUGAAACUUAUAAAAAAUUAACUGAAGAAGAUGGUAAUUCAAAUAUUAUUUUAAUGGGUGAUUCUGCUGGUGGUAAUUUAGCUAUAACUUUUUUACAAUAUUUAAAACAACAAAAACAAAAACAAAAAACAAACAAUUUAAAUAUUAUAUGGCCAAAAUCUUUAAUAUUAAUAAGUCCAUGGUGUAAAAUUCAUCCAGAACCUCAUAAUAAUACUAAAGGUUGGUCAUAUUUUGAAAAUUCAAAAAGAGAUAUGAUUCAAUAUAGGUUUUUUCAAGAAGUUGAUAGACAAAAAGCUAUUAUUGGAGAUUUAAAUCAUAUGGAUUUAUUAGUAUCACCUGGGAAUUUACCUUAUAAAUAUAGUGAUUGGGAUGAUAUACCUACAUUAACCCAAAGAGGUAAUUCAAUAUUUGUUAUAAUGGGAGAACAUGAAGUAUUUAGAGAUGAUAUUUUAGAAUGGUGUCAAUAUGCAGUUAAAUCUCCAUUAAUUAAACAAAAAUUAGAUUCAAAAGGGUUAAUAGAUGUUAAAUUACAUGAAUAUAAAUCAAAUGACCCAAACAAACCAUUAGUUGAAGUAUUUAUUGAACCAUGGGGUGUUCAUGAUUCUGUAUUAUUUUUUGAAGAUGAUAUUAUAAACAAAGUUAAAAAAAAUAAAAAUUUGAAAAUUGGUACAUUAGAUCGUAAAAAAUAUUUUGGAAUUGUUAAAAUUGUUGAAUUUUUAAAUAAAACUUUAUCUUCUUCUAAUAAUGAUAAUUUACAAGAAGAAGAUGGAUCUGUUGUUUUAGUUAAUGGUGAUGAAAAAAUAUAA